AUGGCAGUUGACUUCGGGGACCACGCCAGCGGGUUCCGCCACACGGAGGUGAUCAGGUUCAUCAACAACGAAGUGCUCAUGAACGGCGGCGGUCCCGACUUCUACGUGACCUUCCGCUCACGGCCCUGGAAUGAGGUGGAGGACCAGCUUCGGACCGUCGUGGCCGACCCUCAGGUACCGCGCACCACUAAGAGAGCCUGCGCCUGGAGCGCGCUGGCCUUGAGUGUGCGCGUGGCCGCGAGGCAGCGGGAGCAGCAGGCGCACCGCGUGCGGCGGCUGCAGGAGCAGGUGGAGGAGCGCGAGAUGGCUACCUGGGCCCUGGCCUCUGAGCUGCAGCGGCUGCGUGGGGAUCGAGAGGACGUGGCCACGCAGUUGCGCUUCACGCAGGUCGCCCUGCAGCAGGCGCUGCUCGAGUGUGAUGUGCUUCGUGGGCGGCUGCUCCACGUGGAUAGGUCGGCCCAGGUCAUCCCGCUGGCCCGUGAAAUACUGCCUGCGCCUCGAGCCGAGCAGCAUGGGGCUAUAGCCGGGCCCCUGAAUGCCGAGCAGCAGAGAGAUGUGGUUGCCAUGGGGUUUCCUGGUAGGCUGUAUUUUGAGGCCCAGGUGCCAGCCCCAGCAGCUGUUCUUCACAUGCCAGGACCCCCAGGUCCCAGGGCUCAGGCCAUACAACCCCCUCUGCCAAUGCCGGUGCCAUACUCACUUCCAUUGCAAGCACCACUCCCAGUGGGAAUCCCUUUCUUGCCACCUCUGCCACCACCAGUAGUCAUGGAUGCAGAAGCUGCAGUAGUCCCGCUUCAGAUGCUUCCUCUGGGGACCUACCCACCUGGUCCAUGUGCUGCAGUGGGCUUCCGGGAGGAGGUGGCCCCACCAUGGGACCAAAGGAAUUACAGCCAGGAGGGAGGUCCUGGGAUCUUCCGGAGUACAGUCCCCCUGGGGAAUAUCAGAAACCCUAGCCAGGAAGGUCUAGAGAGGCCUCGGGGGAUGGUCCCCCUUGAGGAUAGCUGGAGCCACAGCCAAGAAGAAGGUCCAGAGAGGGCCCAGGGGAUGGGUCCUCUUGGGGACAGCUGGAGCCUCAGCCAGGGAGCAGAUCAAGGGACACCCCAGGGGGCGGUAUCCCUUGGGGAUAGUUGGAGCCAGAUCCAGAAAGAAGGUCCAGAGAAGGCCCAGGGGAUGGUCCCCUCUGGGGAUAGCUGGGGCCAGAGUCAGGAAGAAGGUUUAGAGAGGCCCCAGGGGAUGGUCCCCCUUGGGGAGAGCUGGAGCCUCAGCCAGGAAGAUUCACAGAGAUUCCAGGAGGUGGUUACCCUUGGUGCCAGUCAGGAAGAAGAUCCAGAGACUCCCCAGGAGGUGGUACCCCUGAGGGCCAGUGAGAGCCACAGCCAGGAAGAAUUUCCAAAAAGACCCCAAGGGGUGGCCCCCCUUGGUGCCAGCAGGAGCAACAACCAGGAAGAAGAUGUAGAGAGGCCCCAGGACGUGGUUCCCCUGGGGGUCAGUGGGAGCCACAGCCAGGAAGAAAAUCCAAAAAGACCCCAAGGGAUGGCGCCCCUUGGUGCCAGUAGGAGCAAUAGCCAGGAAGAAGAUAAAGAGGGGCCCCAGGAGGUGGUACCCCUGGGGGCCAGUGGGAGCCACAGCAAGGAAGAAGGUCCAAAAACACCCCAAAGGAUGGCCCCCCUUGGUGCCUGUAAGAGCUACAGCCAGGAAGAAGAUCCAGAGGGGGCCCAGGAGAUGGUAUCCCUGGGGGCCAGUGGGAACCACGACAAGGAAGAAGGUCCAGAAAGACCCCAAGGGACGGCCCCCCUUGGUGCCUGUAAGAGCUACAGCCAGGAAGAAGAUCCAGAGGGGGCCCAGGAGAUGGUAUCCCUGGGGGCCAGUGGGAACCACGACAAGGAAGAAGGUCCAGAAAGACCCCAAGGGAUGGCCCCCCUUGGUGCCUGUAAGAGCUACAGCCAGGAAGAAGAUCCAGAGGGGGCCCAGGAGAUGGUAUCCCUGGGGGCCAGUGGGAACCAUGACAAGGAAGAAGGUCCAGAAAGACCCCAAGGGAUGGCCCCUCUGGGGGAUAACAGUAGCCAAAGCCAGGAAGAAGAUCUGGAGAGGCCCCAGGGGACUGGUCCCCUGGGGGACAGCAGAAGCGACAGCCAGGAAGAAGGUCCACAGAGGCCCCAAGGGAUGCUCUCCCUGGAGUUUCUCAGGAGUCACAGCCAGGAAGAAGGUCCACAGAGGCCCCAAAGGAUGCUCUCCCUGGGGUUUAGCAGGAGUCACAGCCAGGAAGAAGGUCCACAGAGGCCCCAAAGGAUGCUCUCCCUGGAGUUUAGCAGGAGUCACAGCCAGGAAGAAGGUCCACGGAGGCCCCAGGCAACCCCCCCGGGGGAUGGCUGGAGCCAAAGUAUGAGGGAAAACCCAAAGAUACAGCAGCCUCCGGGGCAGAAGACCAAGCAACCAAAAGGGAAAAAAGCUUUGGAUUCCAAGCACCAGGAGAAAUCUGUCUCAAGAUGCAGUCCAGUGAAUUGGGACUGCCCAUGGUGUAAAGCCAUGAAUUUUUCAUGGCGCAAGGCCUGUUAUAAAUGCAAGAAAGUCUGUGUGGCAGGUGAGAGUAGAGGCCGGGACCCAGGACAAAUUUACUGACUUCAAGAAGGUAAGUAAGAAUGAAAACACUCCAAAGGAAAACCAAUUUCCCAAGACCCUCUUCUGAUCAAAAAGUAACUUAUUUACUUCACAGAAAAUGUGAAAACCAAAAUUAUUGUAGAGAAAGUUAAAUAAAACAGUCCAUUAUUCCAUUACCGAAACUAACAACUUUUUAUCAUUGUGGGUACUACAUACGUAAAUACACACUCCUUUCUGGUUUCUUAUUAACCUCCUUUUCCUGAAUAUGCCAUGUCUUUGGGAACAGCCAUGUGGUUUUUGAGCUAUAACUAUAUUGAAUUUUAGGAGCACCGCUCUUCCUUCAAAAUGCUAUUGUUCCUUUGUAAACUACAGUGUUCAUGUUUGCUUCUUGUUUUUAAGUUUUAUAGGUGAGGGCCUGUUUUUGUGUCUCUGAGCCCCAAGAACUUGUUUGUUGCUGAAGAAGCUGAACCUGUCCCAUUAGAAGAUUUCCCAAGAGUCUAAAGAAAUCACACCUUGAUUCCAGCUGACCCGCACCUCAUUGAGACCCCCCAUUGGCUGGAACUGAGAAGAGUGAGAAGAAGUCAUGGAAGAAGAGAUGCUCUGGCACUCAGUAGGGGGGCAGGGAAGGCAAAACAAUUUUGUUAGAAUGUAAUUUCUCUGUUGGGAUUAA